ACAAGCCAAUCGGUUAACGGCGACGUACAAAUCUCGAAAAACGAUCAACCAUCACCACCUCGAUUCCCCAGCCCAGUAUAUCCCUCUGAGCUGCUCAAUUGCUGUCAAAAUGUUCCGCAUUCCCUUCGCCAAGAUGUUCGGCGUUACGCCGCUCAAGAAGUUCCCGGGCCCCGUCAUGGAGCCAAUGGCCCCCUUCUUCGUCGCUGGUGCCGUCAUCUACUACGGAGUCUACAAGGCCCAGACCGCCAUGGAGGCCAGCGACGAGUGGAAGAACGACCCCCGCAACAAGUCCCGCCAAUAGAUACCUAUGCUACGAGCAUGAUAAUAGAGCGGAUCGCCCGGGAUUAUCAGGGCCAGUCAAUGUCGAUUUGAACAGCAUUAGAGACGGAUGCCACUGUACCAUAGAGGGGACCGAAACGAGAAAGCAGGAUGACUUUGACGCGUCCGUCCCAGCUCCAGUGACAAUGAUCUUCAGUGACGGAUACGACUGAGUGCAGGAGGCGAGACGCCUGAUCACGACAGUGACCACUUCCUAUGCCUUUGCCCACCCACAGUUCCCGAGGGUUGUCAAUCAUGAGAAAGGUCUACUAACCUGCAGAUAUCAUCGGGAUACCCCCAAAUAUGCUAGCACGGAUGUCAAAUUGCAAUUCAGUCUUUUCAGUGACUGUUGUUGUGCCGAAGAUGUGCUGAUAUCAACCCCCACUCGGCGAGUAGUCCUGGCAACGGGGCACUUUCUUGACCUGGUUCUCUCUGUUUGGUGAAGAGGAUUGUUUAGAAUGGAUCGCAUACAUUAAUCCACACAGAAGUGGUCGAUUUACCACGCAUGGCAAACGAUUUAGACCAGCAAGAUGAUUAACCUUUGUCAUACUGUCAUAUACCAGUGUGUUAAUUUGAGUGAGAUGCGAAAGCUUAUGGGCUCCGAACCUGCCUCCUCGUCUCUGGAGGAUUACCAGGUAAAUAUUGCAGAAAUUUAGUAUGUCACCGGCAUGUAUCAGUGAGGACAAUGAUAGGUGGUCAGUCGUGAUGAAGUAGGGUGGCUGGAAUCAGAUGUGAUGCGUAGAAUUGCGUAUAUAACACAACUAGAC